ACCACUUCUUACAUAGCGUUAAUAUUUCUGCCCUGUUCAACAACUUAAACAUAUUCAUUAUAUAAUCACAUUAAAAACAUCCUUUUCCUUUCCAGUUCUGUUGAAAUCACAGUACAUCACUCACUUGAAAUAAUUAUGCACCUCUACUAUUUACUACUCCAGUCCAGUACCGUUUUUCCGUGUUCUCUCUACAUUGUAGUAUUCUGUGCAGUACAGUUGUCUGUGUGCUGUGUGUGUAAUUGUUGUUCCGUGAUUUAUUAUUUAUUUUGGAAUUUGGAUUUAGCAAAUAAAGUGACGUAGCAGCGAAAAAAGUUGCGCUAGAAAAAUACAUGGAAAACUUAUUGGAAAAUUAUAAAUGAAUAGUGUCAGAAUUAUUCGAAUGAAUUGAUUUAGAUAAAGUUGAUUUGGACGGGUUUCUUCACUUUUUUAGUAGUUAUCCUCGAACCUGAAUUACAAUGGAAUCUCACAUCGGGGCCUGGGACUAUGUGGUCAUAGUUGGAGUUCUAGCUAUUUCUUCAAUGAUUGGUAUCUACUACAGAUUUACCGGAGGAAAACAAAAAACCACAAGAGAGUAUCUAUUAGCAGAUAAAAAUAUGUCCAUAGCUCCCGUCGCUUUCUCCCUGAUGGCAUCAUUCAUGUCCGCGAUAACUCUGAUGGGCGUUUCGAGCGAAAAUUACACCUACGGAUUACAGUUCAUAGUUAUUAAUAUAUCAUACGGGUUGUUCACUCCGGUAGCUGCCUACCUGUACCUGCCUGUGUUUUUCAAAUUACAGGCCACCAGCGCUUAUGAGUACUUAGAAUUGAGAUUUGGCAAAACAGCAAGAUUGGCCGCUUCUUUGUCAUAUAAUCUCCAAAUGACCCUCUACAUGAGCAUAGUCCUGUACGCGCCUGCCUUGGUAAUAGAGGCUCUAAUGGGCGUAUCUAAAGUGGCUGCUAUAUUAGCAGUUGGCUUAGUUUGCACGUUUUAUUCAACAUUAGGCGGCAUGAAAGCAGUAUUAAUAACCGAUGUGUUCCAGUCCAUAUUGAUGUUUGUUGCUAUAUUCUGCGUUAUCAUUCACGCUUGGAUAGACAAAGGCAGCUUAGGUGCUAUUAUGAACAUUGCCGCCGAAGGAAAUCGAACCAGUUUUUGGAAUUUUAAUCCGGACCCGACAGUGCGGCACUCGUGGUUCUCGUUAAUAUUAGGCGGUGGGAUAACGUAUUUAUCCAUUUACGCUGUGAAUCAAGUUCAAGUGCAAAGGUACCUCACUCUGAAGGACGUAAAACGAGCCCAAAUGGCCCUCUGGUGGAACUGGCCCAUUUUGACUGCAUUGAGCCUUUGCACCUCUUUCGCGGGUUUGGCCAUUUACUCUAGGUACUACAGCUGCGAUCCAGUUCUUUCUAAACAAAUUGGUCAACCGGAUCAGUUGAUGCCGUAUUAUGUGGUCGAUACCAUGGGGAAUAUUCCGGGUUUGACGGGGUUGUUUAUAUCUGGAAUAUUUAGUGCGUCCUUAUCCACAAUAUCUGCCGCUCUGAACAGUCUAGCAGCUGUAACAAUGGAAGAUUACGUAAAACCGAUAUACUUUUUAAUAAGGAAAAAACCAUUGCCGGAAAGUUCUGCUACUAUUCAAACGAAAAUUAUCUCAUUCAUAUAUGGUCUAGUUUGUUUGUCAGUGGCGUUUUUAGGGCAAUAUGUAGGUGGUCUUCUUCAAGCAGCUUUGACCAUAUUCGGUGUCAUUGGAGGGCCAUUGUUAGGUUUCUUCACUUUAGGCAUGUUUACAACAGUAGCCGAAGAAAAAGGGUCUGUUCUUGGUUUAAUUUGCGGCAUUUCUAUGUCGAGUUGGAUGGCCAUAGGCAGUAAACCACCUGUUCCUCUACCUAGACGAACCGAUGGCUGUGAUAGCUUUAAUAUUACAAACAUUAUAACGAGUAAUGCAACUAGUAAAGAUCCAGGGGAGUACUUAUGGAUACACAGGGUUUCUUACUUGUACAAUGGACUAUUCGGCAUCAUUGUAACGCUUGUAGUGGGGUACGUCAUUAGUUUUGCAUUUCAAAAGUUGUCCAAUCAAAAGCCGAAUCAAACGUUAGAUCCAAAUUUAUUUAUUCCACCUCUGGCGAAAAGGCUAAGAAAGAAAAACGGCGAUUCAUUUCACUUGAAUUCGAUAAUACCGAAUGGAUCGAAAGAUAUUUACUGAAUAAAUAAAAACUAAAUUAAUUUAGAAAAUUAUUAGAAAAUUAUAUUUUUUGAAGGUUGUUAAAAAUUGAAAAUAUAAAUCGAAUGAAAUAUUAGAAAUCGAUUCGAUCCAAGACAAUAACUAGAUUCAUUUAAAGGAUUUUUGAACUGUUAUAGUUUCUUACAUUUUUUGUAAUUAUUUAUUAUAUUAUUAACACAGAAAAUGAAACUACAUAUUAGAAGUUUGUGAUUCAAAUACGUUGUACAAAUUCUACAUGAUAGCUUAAAUAAAUCUCUUUUUAGUAAUUAAGUAAAUUGAAAUCUAUUUGCGGUGUUAAAAUUGAUAUACUUUUUUGCAAAUUUUUACUCGUUUAGACCAAAGAUCCCUCGCAAAUAAAAAUAUAAUAUCUACAUUAUAUGUAGUUCGCGAAUAUACAAGAAUUGUUUGAAUAAUAAUUGACAAGCAUGUGUUUAUAAGUAUAAAAUUUAUUUAUAGUUAGAAACUCGAAUUUCGAAAUUGUACGAAGCAUACGAUGCUCGUAUCAAAAUUAAUUUUUUCAUACAGAACUUUUACAUAUCGUUUUCUAUCCAAAACGUUAAAUUUGGAAAAGUGAUUAAUAUUAUCGCAAAAUUUAUUAAUGUCACAAAAUUAUUCGAUUAACUGGAGACAUCACGUACUAUUUAUUAUUUGUAGCAAAUUUAUUCUCGAAGAUUAUCUGUUAAUAAAUUAAUUGAUAUAUUUUAUAAGUUACUUUGUAUAAUAAGUAUGUUUCACUGUUUUCUAUAUGUAUGUUUUAUUGAUUGUUAAUGUUUUCUUAUUAAACUUAAUUGUUGUUAUGGGGUAUUUUGAAAAUUAAUGUACUUAGAUUGUGAUACUGUUGGUUGUAGAAAUUUCGAAAAUUAAUAAUUACUAGAAAAGACAAGACGUUCUUUUUCCUUUC